UCACAGACGGAGAUCGACUGAGCCAGGUGGGCCAAGCAUUCUUAAAUAUGCUCGUGUCACAGGAAGAGAUGGACCUACAUCCUCACGAGAAGAGAGCUCGCCGGGACGAUGCCCCAAGGUCGAUGCAGAGAAGAAGACAGACUCGCCAGUCCUCACCUCCGAGAUCCGAGAUGACUCGCUCGACCUCCUCCACCAGGGACGAGGAACCGCUGCAGGUGACCAAGCUAUGCCGCUUGAUGGGACAGCUUCUGGUGCGCCACGAGGAUUCUUUGAACUCGGUUUCUACGCAGGACUCGUAUGUGAUGUUCUUCCAACGGGGCAAUUCCGGAGUCGUGCCCUUGCUACUCAGAGCAGCAAAUCAAUGGCGAGACCUACCACUCGACCAGAUUCAGAUGCCUUUGCGCUCCUACCUCAUCCAAGCCAUUCUGACCGAACUGGUCAUCCGGUUUCAGAAGCUGAAGACCCAGUUGGAAGAUCCUGGCACCAAGGCCGCAGCAGUCAAGAGCCUGACCAUACUGGAGGACUUGAGCUUUCCUUACCUAAUGUGGCAUGCUCAGCAACAGCGAUUGGUGGUGAGUCAAUCAUCCCCCAUCUCAUGGACCACGAUGGAAUCUCACCUGGGCCUCAUGCAGCAAGCCUUCCAGGAACCCUCCAAUUGUGUCCGGUUCUUCGCGAUGGCCUCCGCCCAGAGCCAAGCAGAUGUGAUCCCGUGGAAGCUCCAGAUCUCCUUGAGGAACGACUCCUUGUCCAGCUUGAUGAGGCAACUGACGGGGUCAUCCCUUUGGCAUCUGAUCGGAUAUUCAGGAUAUCCUCCAUCCUCGAAAGGGGAAGAAAUGAAGCGUCAAUGGAUUGACAAGCUCCUGGUCAUGCAGUGUGCCAACACCUCUAAUUGGUGCUAUGCCAAUGCUGGCCUGGUGACUAUGUUUUGGUCCUUGCUGCACAGCUCAUCCUUCGAUGAGUACACGUUCCGAACUGCAUGGGAGGCAGUUCAGGGGUUGCUUCCAUCCGUGACAGCGGAUGAGACGGUUGAUUUGGCCAGCCACUCCAGACUGGUUGAACUUUUUCAGGGAAAACCUCAUGGGGAACAACGAGACAUUGGUGAGUUCAUCAGUGAAGCAUUGCUGUGGUGCAAGUCGUCUCGCUUGUCUCAAGCUUGGGAGAGGCGAUUUGAAGCAUCCGGGAGUUGCAGCUGUUAUGAGUCAGGCAGUGACUUUCAGCCCAUUGCCUUGGUGCACCUGUUUGAAUUGGACAAAAAGAGGGUGACCUUGACCGAGCUCCUCACCCCAUGGCUUCACUGCCACUUCAACUUUGUGGAGUUCCUGGAACCUGUACUCCUGCCCUUCUUCGUCCGAGAAGGACUGGAGCUCAGAUGGGUUGCGCACCAUGUGGUGGCCUGU